AAACUCACCACACACACACACGCAACACACAUACAUCUGGCGGUCGCAACACUCACUCACUCUCUCUCUCCCUCUCCCUUCUUCCCUCCCUCCAUCCCUGCGGACUCCCUCUCACAUCCUUCUGUCUUGCGCUCACAAGUCAGAGAGUGUUUAGGAAGUGCUCGCCGACCGUGUGGCUCAGUGCGCGCCGGCUCCCUCCAAGUGGUUUGUGCGUGCGCCGCCACGGACCGAGCGCAGCCGGGAGCUCCGUACCAAGUGUAUGUGGGUCUCCGCCUCGCGCGCCCGCCGCUCCACCCAUCGCGCCCCUCCUCAGGAUCCGCGGGUCCUCUUCCUCGGCGACAGGCUCCCCACACCCAACGGUCACCAUUUCCGCCCCCGGGAGACCCACGCUGGCCGCUCAGCCCCUUCCCCGACUCAGCAUCGGGAGGAAGACCCUGGUGGCGGCCGCCGUGGGGGUUAUGCUGGUCCUGGUGCUGGUGGUGCUCAUCCCCGUGCUGGUCAGCUCCGUGGGUACGGACCCCAGCCACUAUGAGAUGCUGGGCACCUGUCGGAUGGUGUGCGACCCCUACCUGAACAAGGGAACCCCCAGUAGCAGCACCAGCUCGACGGGCUUGCAAGCGGAGGCGGAGGCGCUGAGCGACCCCGGCAUCGUCCCGCCGCCCUCCACGCUCCUGCAGGGCCCGCAAGGGAAGCCCGGCAGGCCGGGAAAGCCGGGGCCGCCCGGCCCGCCGGGUGAACCGGGGCCGCCCGGACCGGCGGGGCCUCCGGGAGACAGUCGGGACCAGGGAAGGACUGGGAUUUUGGGUCUGGGGGACAACGGAGCUAUCAGCACGGCCACCUACAGCACGGUACCUCGGGUGGCCUUCUACGCCGGCCUCAAGAACCCCCACGAGGGCUACGAGAUCCUCAAGUUUGACGACGUGGUCACCAACCUGGGCAACAACUAUGACGGCAUCGCCGGCAAGUUUGUGUGCAGCAUUCCGGGCACGUACUUCUUCAUCUAUCACGUGCUGAUGAGAGGCGGCGACGGCACCAGCAUGUGGGCCGACCUCUGCAAGAACGGACAGGUUCGCGCCAGUGCCAUCGCCCAAGAUGCAGACCAGAACUACGACUAUGCCUCUAACAGCGUCAUCCUCCACCUGGACGCCGGGGACGAGGUCUACAUCAAGCUGGACGGUGGCAAAGCGCACGGCGGCAACAACAACAAGUAUAGCACCUUCUCGGGCUUCAUCCUCUACGCGGACUGAGCGCACGUCACGGAGAAAAAGACAGUCCAGCUCGACUUAAGGAAAGAGUUGUGGGGUGGAGAGAAUGUGUGUUCAAGGCCUUCUAGUCCAACCCCCCCUGUCCCCCUAUCUUCCCCCACCCUCUUCCUUCCAUCAUCAUGAACAUCCAUCCGAGCGCUGCAAACCGAGGCCUAGACACACUGGCAAAGGGGCGAGAGUUGCAUCGGGUCGUGGGGGGUAGCUUCAGCGCCAAUGUGUCGGAAGCUCCUCACUAACGGGCGUCUGUUUCGAUCGUUUUCCUCCAUCCCUCUUCUCUCCCCCACAUCGCACAAUGCAGACUGUCGCACCUCUUCUCUCCACAGCCGACUCGAUUGAAAUCCGUAGUGUUGUUGCGUGCAAUUUAAACCUUAGAUUGGUGUGUUUUUCUUAUUUGAUGCGUAAUAAUCCACACCGAUUGACAGAAAGUGAAAAAAAAUAUAUAAAGAUAAUAUCCUCGUCCCUUGUGAAGAUAACCCCAAGAGAUGUUGUUAUGGAAGUGGCAGGUGACUCUGUGUUCAUACGAUAACAUUCAGCACCGUAACUCCCAACUGUAUGGAAAAUUACUCAUAUAUAGACCGCACCCCAUUUUCGUACACACGCGAGGCGACGUCCUGCUGCUGCUGCCAUCGCUAUCGGGGUUCAUCAAAGUGUCUUCUAGUACGUCCUAGUUUUGCUUAGAUCCUCUCUGCGCAAGCGAAGAAAACGCAGAUUCGUAGCUCAAGAGCAAACGCGAAGGAGCGUCUCGGCCGUCGCUGAUUGUUCACCAUUCAUUAGCCGCACCAGUCGCAGACAGACACGCGUGUUAAUAUUUACUCAACACGGCAGGCCGACCGCUCGCCCCAUGACGAUCGGACUGCAUGUGUGACUGUGUGUGUGUGUGCGUGUAUGUGUGUGUGGUGUGCACGCACACCCAUCAGACGUGCGUGCAUGCCAGCAUGUGGUGCGUCAUAGCUCCAUGCUCCUCUCCGCGAUCGUCCUCUGUGCUACAGCCAAUGAUAUUUUAUUUAGCAAGCCCAUGAUGAGAUUGUGCAACAGAGAAAGGAGAAAAAAAAAGCUUGUAUAUGAACUAUAUGACAUGUUUGUCUAUCUUAUCUUUUGGAAUUGUUGAAUACAUUGAAAUAAUAAAUGGGAUUUUUUUUUUUUUUUGA